UCAGAUAUUCCAGCGGACUAAAAAUGGAAAUAAUGGAUUCUCUGAUCGUUUUCCAAAUCAUCUAUCAAUUCACCAAUUUAACGCCAUGGUCCAUAAAUCGCAAGGGUUGGAUAUUUCAGCGUAGCCGUAUUCUGGAAGCCUAUUGUGUGGCUGUGAUUCUGGUGUCGGUGGUGGUGCUCUUAUAUGGUCUGUUCAGCAAGAAUGCCAUAACCACCAUCAACUCCAAUGACAUUGGCAAGACCGUGGAUUUUAUACAACUGGUUGGCAUACGAGUCGCGCACAUUGUGUCCAUAGCUGAGGCCUUGAUCCGUAGAGAGGAACAGAAGAAGUUCUAUCAGCAGCUAAUUGAAAUCGAUAAAAUCUUUGAGAAAUCCCUGAACAUUGAUCUGAACAAUGGAAAAUUCCAUUCCUCCACCGCCAAAAGUGGCCUCCUCAUUCUAUGCGUUUACAUCAUUUCCGAGGUUUUCAUUCUCAUUGCCCAUUUGAUAUCCUAUGAGAAUGAAAAUUUCCAAAUCUAUUGGAUAUUCUAUUUGGUGCCGCUACUGAUUUGUGGCCUGAGAUAUUUCCAAACAUUUACCUCCAUACGCCUGAUACAAAAACGCCUGAAUGAGCUGAUAAAGCUUCUCAACGAAAUCAAUUUACACAAACCGCCCAAAGAAGUGGAAGCCGAGCAAGCAGAAAAAGAAAAGGACUCACUCUACAAAUCGCUGGCACCUUUCAAAAUCUCCGACACCCACUCUACGUUUAGUCUUUUGGAAUUGUCGCUACACAAACGCCAGGAAAUGGAGAAUACCGACAUGAAAAAAUUACUGAUUGUGCGUGAUUUGUACAAUCGUCUGUUUCUGCUGACCGAAAUCUUUAAUCGUUACUUUGGCGUAUCGAUGCUCAUAAAUUUGGGCAAUGAUUUCAUUUCCAUUACCUCGAAUUGUUAUUGGAUCUUCAUAAAUUUCAAAACUUUUGCCUCGACGACAAAGAAUUUUUUGCAGAUAGCUGGGAGUACGGUUUGGUUUAUACCGCAUGUUUUGAAUGUUUUGGUUCUGGCCAUAUUGUGCGACAAGACCAUGGGAUGUACCACAAACAUGGCCUUGGGUUUGCAUCGCAUACACAUUGAUACGUUCAAUGAUAAUCACAAUUCGGUGAUCCAACAGUUCUCCUUGCAGUUGUUACAUCAAAAAAUCAUUAUAACCGCUGCUGGAUUUUUCACCAUUGAUUGUAGCCUCUUAUAUGCGAUUGUUGGUGCUACAACAACAUACCUCAUAAUACUCAUACAAUUCCAUUUGAACGAGGAGCUGGAUUCCUAAAUGGAUGAUAAAUGGCGACGUAUUUUAUUUAUUUCAGUAUUUUAUCACGUAGUUAUACACA